UUAGAAAUCUUGGUAGAAGAUAAAAUCACAUGACGUAGCCUCUGCGCGUUUCCUUGGAAGCACGAGGGCAUGUGAUGUGGUGCGCUUGAAUACGCUUCUCGGGGGCAAGUCUCAAACUGUUGGUUCGCACCCCAUGGAUUUUCCCAUUUGCACGGGCUACGUUAGUUGUGUUUGGGCUGGGCUGUGACUUUUCUGCGUUUGAACCCGAAAUCACAGGCGUGCCAUGGGUCCAUCACUGAAAAUUACGCAAUUUGCAGAGGUGCUGGUUUGGAUGAGAAGCAUCAAAUUUGUGUAGCUUGUUGCGUUGUUCAGGGGCAGGGGCGGGUUUUCAUUACUUCUACAAAAAGUUAGCCGAGGCUCUGUUCACUGUCAUAACGGAGACAGCUUCGAGCUCGAAAGAAGCUGCGAGCUUGUCAAUGAUACCUCUGCAUUGGUGUGGGGAGAAAGGAACCACAGUGAGAACUUGUUAAAGUAUUGAAUUAUAAUACACGUGUAGGCUAAACUAUUUGUUCCAUUCAUUAUCCUGAGGACACUCAAUUAGUAUACAAAGAAUGGAUGUAACAAACCAAACAUUUGAUCCUCGCUGCAGGCAGCAGCCACCACUCGCGAUCGACAUCAUCUUAAAUUUAGACCUUUUUGGAAUCAUCCUCUAUUCAAUCCUCACAUUCAUGGCUGCCGUGGCCGUGCUGGUUUUCAUUGAGGAGUGCGUGUACAUCUACAGAAAAGUGCCCGCGAAUAAGAAGAGCAUCAUCAUCUGGGUGAACGGCGCUGCACCGAUAAUUGCCACCAUGUCUUGUUUGGGCAUGUGGAUACCAAGAGCCACUAUGUUUACUGACAUGACCUCAGCAACAUACUUUGCAGUUGUGGUCUUCAAGUUCUUGAUUCUGAUGAUUGAGGAGUGUGGGGGUGAUGAAGCCUUCCUGAAGCAGUCAGCGAAAAAAACCUUCAGGAUAAGCACAGGACCAUGCUGCUGCUGCUGCCCGUGCCUUCCCAGGGUCCCCGUCACAAGGCGGAGUCUCUUCCUCCUCAAGUUGGGCUCUUUCCAGUUUGCGUUGAUGAAGAUGGUCUUCACGAUCCUCUCCAUCGUCCUGUGGACCAAUGGGAACUUUGAGCUGACCGAUCUGAACAUCACUGGAGCUGCGAUCUGGAUCAAUCCCUUUGUGGGCGUCCUGACCAUCAUCGCUCUUUGGCCCGUCGCCAUCAUGUUCAUGCACGUACGCAUCACACUGCGGACCCUGAAGAUCAUCCCCAAAUACGCCAUGUACCAGCUGGUGCUGGUGCUGAGUCAACUGCAGUCGGCCAUCAUCAACAUCCUGGCCAUGAACGGCACCGUUGCCUGUGCACCCCCCUAUUCCUCACAGGCCAGAGGAUACCUGAUGAGCCAACAGCUGCUGAUUCUGGAGAUGUUCAUCAUCACGCUGGUGACGCGGCUGCUCUACCGGCGUCAGUACGACCCUUUGCCCCUCGCGGAGGACGACGACGAGAAGGAGAAGAUGGUGUUGCCCUCGGAGACCAUCGAGAACACAGCAUGAUCUUGCUGGCGCGACUCAUGUGCUUGUGUGAGCAUGUAAACUGAACUGGGGACACACUAACUGGCAUCACGAGGAAGUGACCUGUCCUGCUUUGAGGAAGAGGAGAGGAAGACAGAUUCUCCUGUAAUCGCUGACAACAUUCUUCUUGGUUCCUUUUUCCAGAUGUGCUUGUGCUUGUCUAAGGUUUUGCUGUCUUCACAAUUUGACCCUUUCAAAUUGUGAAAGUCCUGUCCACCAAACUUAGCGAAGGGUUAAUUUGACCAAAGGCUAGUCAUCCAAUCUGUUUCGAAGGCUUGAGACAGAGUGCACACACAUUUCUAUGUGGAUGAAUAUAUAUGAACACACAAUAAUAUUACAACUAUGAGAACAUUUCAGUGCUCUUUUCUGUGUGAAGUCAGAGUUGAAUAUAUGCAUCAGAUCAAAUGAAUAUGCGUAUACAUGUAAUUCAUUUAAAGAUUUUUACUAGGACAUAAUAUGAUGAAUUAUAAUCUUAUUUUUGAGGGAUAAUGCUUCAUUGUCAUGCAAUAAAUACAAUUAAGUACUGUAUUGAAUCUGAUGCAUCUACGACUACCACUGUACAAAAAUACACACAUGAAGUUAUGACUAUGACCAAAUAAAUUUUAUGAAAGUCUA